UCUAGAUACACUCGCAUUUUUUCAUUUCGUAGUUCUACUUCUACUCUAAAAUAGAUAGCUAGACGGACUCUCGCGGCUCACAAAUCAUAGAGACUUUUCGUGAAAUACUAGCAAUAGUUUAACAGUAAAUCUGAAAUUCAACAUGGAGUCCCCUCCAGAUCCAGCAAGCGACCCGGGCAACAGCGCCUCUGAGCCGGCUACACCGGCCAGGGAAACCCCGGUAAACCUGGAGACGCUCCGAAAAGCGGACCAUCCAGCCCCUGUUCGAAGGCAGACCUGUUCAAGUACCAACAGAGGUGGACUCACAAACAAGCAAGGUAUUUCAGUAACAAAGAAGACACAUACCUCUCAAAUCGAAAUAAUUCCCUGCAAGAUCUGUGGAGACAAAUCAUCAGGCAUCCAUUACGGUGUGAUAACAUGUGAGGGCUGUAAGGGCUUCUUCAGGAGGAGUCAGCAGAGCAAUGCGGCUUACUCAUGCCCCCGUCAGAAGAACUGCCUGAUCGACCGCACCAGCCGCAACCGCUGCCAGCACUGCCGGCUGCAGAAAUGUCUGGCAGUGGGCAUGUCAAGGGACGCGGUGAAGUUUGGGCGCAUGUCGAAGAAGCAGCGGGACAGCCUGUAUGCGGAGGUGCAGAAACACCGGCUGCAGCAGGCGCAGCGUGACCACCAGCAGCAGCCCGGCGAGGCCGAGCCACUCACACCCACCUACGGCCUCUCGGCCAAUGGCCUCACAGAGCUCCACGACGACCUCAGUGGCUACAUGGAUGGCCACACCGACGGCAGCAAGCCCGACUCAGCAGUCAGCAGCUUCUACCUGGACAUCCAGCCCUCCCCUGACCAGUCCGGCCUGGACAUCAACGGCAUCAAGCCCGAGCCCAUCUGCGACUUCGCCCCCGGCUCAGGCUUCUUCCCCUACUGCUCCUUUACCAACGGAGAGACAUCCCCCACUGUGUCCAUGGCUGAGCUAGAGCACCUGGCCCAGAACAUCUCCAAGUCUCACAUGGAGACAUGUCAGUACCUGAGAGAGGAGCUGCAGCAGAUGACCUGGCAGGCCUUCCUGCAGGAGGAGAUGGAGAGCUACCAGACCAAGCCCCGAGAGGUCAUGUGGCAGCUGUGUGCUAUCAAAAUCACAGAGGCCAUCCAGUACGUGGUGGAGUUUGCCAAGCGGAUCGACGGCUUCAUGGAGCUGUGUCAGAACGAUCAGAUAGUGCUGCUGAAAGCAGGCUCUUUGGAGGUUGUGUUUGUGAGAAUGUGCCGUGCCUUCGACUCUCAAAACAACACAGUCUAUUUCGAUGGAAAGUAUGCUGGGCCUGAUGUGUUUAAGUCAUUAGGCUGUGACGACUUGAUCAGCUCCGUCUUCGAGUUUGGGAAGAACUUGUGUUCUAUGCACCUGUCUGAGGAUGAGAUUGCCCUGUUCUCCGCGUUCGUGUUGAUGUCUGCAGACCGGUCCUGGCUCCAGGAGAAGGUGAAGGUAGAGAAACUCCAGCAGAAGAUCCAGCUGGCACUGCAGCAUGUCCUGCAGAAGAACCACAGAGAGGACGGCAUACUCACCAAGUUGAUAUGCAAGGUGUCAACACUGCGAGCGCUGUGCAGCAGGCAUACAGAGAAGCUGACGGCUUUCAAAGCAAUAUACCCAGACAUUGUGCGUGCCCACUUCCCCCCCUUAUAUAAGGAGCUCUUUGGAUCGGACUUUGAGCAGUCCAUGCCCGUUGACGGGUAGCCAGCAGCCUUGCCAGGUGCCAGCGUGGCCACCGUGGGGAAUGUCAUGGGGAGCAUGAAUCUGAGACACUUUAACAGUGCCCUGCACAUACCAGGACGGCCGGCACGCUGCACACUUUUCUUUCUUUUUUUUCUUGAGGGGAGGGUUGUGGGUGUUUGAUUCUCUCCAUUUAUUUCAUUGGGAUUAGUUGUCUCUGUUUGGAACCCAGGUGGGACUCUAAGCCCCAGGGACAUGAAGAGAAGUUGGAGACAAUGCUUUCUCUCUGGAUGAACUUGACUCUCUCAUGCACAUCAUUCCAGCAUGUUCCCAGGAUGUCUCACACUGAUUAGCACUCAUUGUUUUGACUUGUUUCUACAAAAUAGAAUUGACUGUAUAGAGAAAAUUAUAUUGAAUUUGGCUAUGCACAUGCCUAACCUGAAAAUCCCCUCAGCACCAAUGAUCUGGCUCUCCACCUCCCCUCUGGAGCCCCAAUGUCCAAUGUCUUAUUGCAUUGGAAAACAGAUCCAUGUCAAUAUUUAUUUGUUAUUAAAUCUAUACUGUAUCAUAUACCCUAAUGAAGAUAGCUGUCUGGGCAUGUGUACCCUCCAUUAAUCCUUGGUAAAGAUCACGUUAGAAUCUCCUAAUGGAAAUGUAUUGCUGCUAAUGUGCAUGUCCUGGUCAAGUUCAGCCCCUGUUCUCCUGUGUUCAGUUGUAUGUUUGGAAUGCAGUGCUUAGAAUGAAAACUCGCAGUGACUUUGAGGGAGGCUCCGUCUGCGUGGCAAUUUAAACGGCACCUCUCUAUGGACAAUCGUCUAAAAGGAAAAGUAGAAUUCUGGUAAUUCUAGUCAAAACGCAAUGAUUUUAGCUGUCAAAGACUCCAUCCAUCAUGGUUGCUUAGAGAAAUCAUGCAAGGCCAUCUGCUAUUGAACCUUGUGUGGACAGAUGCCCUGGAGAAACAUAGGGCACCGCCACAACGAUAAGGGUCCAUUCCACCUGUUUUAUAAUAUACUACAGGGUAUACGGUCAUAAGUACUUACUAUACAAAAAAAGUCAUGUUUAUAGAUUCUAUUUUAAAUAACAUGUAUGAAAUUAGUAGUCUGACUUCUUAAUCGUUGAAUUGAUAAGGCACUUUUAUUUGCACCUUUCUUUAAUUUAAGACGUGUAUAUUACCUAGUGAUGUGUUGCAUGUGCACAAGAAAUACCAGUUGAACCAUGGUCACAGAGGCUUGUCCUUAGAGCUGCAGACACUGCUGGUCUGGGUGGGGGUUGGUUUGUUUAGGUUGGGUUAGUUUGGUUAGUUUGGGUUUGCCUGUGAGAUGGCUAGCAUGGUAUGGUCUGGAGAGGCAGGCAGGUCACAUUCACCCCAUCACCUAUUAGCAUAACACCCCCGACACACAUGCAUACAAUCUCAAACAAAAGCACACAUGAACCUGGUACUCAAGCUGUUUGCUCGUUUGUGCUCAGUCCAACGUCGCCAUCUAGUGGAGAGUAGCGACACAGCAGGCCAGGUGAUGGAGGUCUUCAGAAAUAUAAUGCCUAUGAGAGAGCGGUCCACACACAGCCCUCUCUGACCAGCUGUUGAUCCAUCUUGUUAGCCUCACACGUAAGCAUGUUUGUGGAGGAGUGAUUGUGACUGUCUCUUCCCUAAGGCCUCAGCCCAGCUAUGACAUUUGUUAUGGGACAGAAAAGGAAAGGGGAAGAAGGAAUUGUAAUAUUCAAAGCCUUGUCUGGUAGUAAAGCUUCUAUUUUUGUAACAUGUAUAGUGAAUUAAACUCAUGAAAGAGAGGGGGAGAGAAAGAGAAGUCAGGUAGCACUUACUAUAUUCCCGCAAUAAUUAGAGAAGCUGUUGUUUGUAGUGUAUGACUAGGAAAGAAACAUGACAAUGGUAGAACAAGUGCUAUCGUCAAUGCUUCGUUGUCGUGGUUCUGUUUUUUUUGUGUGUCUUUCUUGUCAGUGUGGUAGACAAGCGGUAGAAAAAAAACCUGGAUGUGCCAUACAGUAGUUUCUGCUCCUGCGUUGCCGUCUACCUGUCCAUAAUAUAGAAUGGAUUGAUCUGACAUUCCAAAAAACUCAGUGGUGGCUUGUAUAGAAUUCCCAUUAUAAUCCUGAUAUCCCUUUAGAUUACCCAACACAGCAUGGUUACAGUUUUGACACAACCCUUACCAUAGUGGUUUGGUUUGUUUUUCUGUUUGCACACCAUGAUUCCUCUGCUGUGCAAUUUGUACAAGACAGAAAGUCUUGUGUUGUCACCCCUCAGGGAAGAGUUGUUUCACGCUUUCUGUUUGAAAUUGUUCCUGUUGUGUUGUUGGUCCUCAUUAGGUAGAGUUCAUGUGUUGUUCAGGGAUGUUCGAUAAUAAGUGGUUCAGAAGAACAUGUAGAAUUCAUUGCUGAGUCAUAUUUCCCAUUGCUGAUGGACAGUACUUAAGGAGCUGUUGGCUAAGCACCAGAAAUUCUAACUAUGCCCUAGAAGUCAAGCUCAUAAUAAACACAAACUUUAUUUUCCCAUUUUUACAGUCAGUUUUCCCAUUGGCCAUACAGAAUAUGUUUUAUUUGAUAUGCAGUUUAUUUAUAUUGCAUACAAUUCCAAUAAUAACAUACUGCAUUUGGACUAAUAUGGUGUCACCAGGGUCAAUGUCACCAACUUAUGAUUACCCUCUUUGUUAGAUAAACCAAAUAUACUUACGCAAUAUUAAAUAUUUCUUCUUUAGGCUGUAUUAAUGCUGUACCUAAGUAAUAAUUUCUGUAAUGGUCCAAAGUUAUUUGGAUAUGUAUUGGUCUAGGUGAAAACCAGUAGCCUCAGACUACUAACCAGUGAAACCCAGUCUGUCUCAACCAGUGAUUGACAAUCCAGGUGACAGUGGGCCUGGCCUGUGGCCCAGUGGGAGAGAUAUGGAUGCUCAGGGAGUUAACAGACAGACAGACAAAGACAGACAGACAGGGGAAGCAGCAUAUUCUCAGCCAAGAACUAUGUGGUAGCUUUGUGCAACUAUUACGGGUUUCUGCCGGGAAGCCACUAGAGUGGAAUCCCAUUUCCUGAAACACAGAUGUCAUUCUCUGUCUCUAUAUCGAUCAAACUGGUCCUAAAUUAAAGGUCUCUUUGUCAAGCAAUUGCAGCAUCAACCCAGAACAAAAAGCAGUCAUUUCUUACCACUUUCUGUUCAGCGUGUUGUUAUGUCCUUCUUGUCUAUGUUCCGUAUACAGUUUGUUAGCCGUAUUGAUUAGACAAUGGGGAUAAAUCCGAGGCAUUGGAUCCUUUGUGUCUGUGACUCUUUCAACAAACAUCUCUGCACCCACAUGGUGUGGGAAGGAUAAGUCAUCAUGCAUGCUGUCAUUUGAGACAUGUUUAGCAAAGGAUCACUGAGUCUGCUAGUCUAUCAAUGUAAAUAACACCUUAUGCUCCUUCUGUCUCUGCUCUCUGUGGCACUCGUGUAAACAAGCAAUAGUGUGCGUGUGUGUACGUGUGUUUGUUUACUCACUGUGUGCAUAAGACAAACCCCAGACAAGGCUUUUUAAUAAACUAAGAGGAACAGGGUUAUGUGGAUGAGGAGUCUUAAGGCUUAGUGUUCCCUGGAUUUGAAAGGUUUCGGUAACACUGAGAUUGAUCCAUCCCGUGUAGCGCUCAAGUGUUAUAAGCAUGACAUAAUGCCUCUAUACAAUUUAUAGUCCUUCAAAGCGCACUGGGGCAAAUGACUAACCACUCAGUCGUAUGUGUUCAGUGCAGAAUAAUUGUUAUGAAAAGAGACAGCAAACAACUCACCAUUCUGCUUGUCAUACGUGUUAUGUUGAUGCUUUGACUGCCUGAGGCAUGGGACUCCUAUUUAUUUGCCAUAGAAUAUAGAUUGUAAUGAUAGGUGUAAUGUCAUGUUUACAACUGUGCCGUCUUUUGAAGUUUUAAAGUGUUACCCAGAUCUAUCAGUCAAUUUCAUAGCAUUUUAACAAUACUCUCAUCUUCCAAAGCACAUCUGAUACAAUUUUAAGAUAACAAUACAUUUUAGAAUAUAGUCAAAAAACAAAAAAACAAAAAAAAUGUUUUUGGAAAAAAAAAACUUCUAGCCAUAAACGAAUGUCAAGCAAUAAUAUAUGUGGUGUAUUAUUUGUUAUUUUGUGCUUAGGCUUUGGACAUCUGCAUGUAAAUACACCUCUAAUUUAUCACUUUUGGUUUUAAUUUGUGUUAUUUUGUUCUGGUUGUUUUUGUUUCGUCUGUAUAUUUGACUGGUUCUGUUCCCAGGUGGAGGUUAACAACCACAUAUGGCCUGGCCUGUAUAUAUUCAUUUCUCUCUCUUUCUCUCUCCCUCAUCAUCUGCUUUUAAUCCACAAUAUUUAAUGUUAAUUAUUGAUCACAUGUAUAAAGGUAACUUUGUAACUUCAUUCUGUAUAGGUAAGAAGAAAAUACUGCUACUAAGGCCUACUCAGUGCAAAUAUGUAUCAGUUUAUCAAAUACACCAUGCUGUACAAUAUCUCUGUUUUUAGUAUGCUUCUCUCCUUUAGAAUUUGUUUGAUAGCGGUAGGGUGUGCCAACAUUUAUUUUGUGUUAUUCUGAUGUGUGGUGCUUGUGGACAAUGUCCUGAUUCCUAGACUAGGAAACCCUAUUAGUUCAUUCAUUUCAUUGAGUAUUGGUGCAUUAUUUGAUAUUAGGACUCAAUAAAUAAUCAUGAUAAUGAUUAUGAUAGUGGUAAAUUUACUUCAAUACCCAGCCAGUACCUGUAUCAGUGUGCUAGUCCUGGGAUAAGGCUCUUAUUUCCUUCUCACUUUAAAAUUAUUAGUGAAUCCAGUAUCUGCUAAUUAACAGGUUAUUUAAGGUUGCUUUUCUGAUUUCUGAGAAAAAAAUCAUCUGCAGGCUGAAACAGCAGUAUUGUGUUUUUAUUUGUUCUGAUUGUAAAAACCACUUGCUGAAGCUGUAGCUGGUCAUACUGGCAAAUGCUGAGUAUUUACCUUUUAGCUGUGUAGUACUUUACUUAAAAGUACUGUGCAAUUGUCCAUUUAACAAGGCCAUUUUAUAGCUUCUUGAUUUCAAAGUUAGACUGCCCUGAAACAUUAGUUUCUUGAGACCAGCUUAGAACUUUGGCACCACAGUUGUGCUGUUGUUAAAAAUGUACAUGAAAAAUAUCUCCAUUAGAGGCUACAAGUUUAUUGAACCUUUUUCUUUUCACUCUGUAGCAAAUAUCAGCCAGUAUAUGCUUGCAAUAAUACACAAUGUACUACACUGAGUGCCUCUCAGUGUUACAUGAUGCAUAAAUGGUACAAUUUGUUUUGUUUUCCAAACAUGUACUCAACUGACAAUGUAUUUGCACAAGUAGGUGAACUCUGUCGCUCAUGUGUUUCAACGUUUUUCAUAUUCUGUCAUUAUAAGUAAUAGAUCAUUUCCUUGUUUAUUUAAGGCACCAUGAUAGAUAUUAGAGUUAAUAGAAAUAAGUUUCUCCCUCUUAUCUGAGUAGCGUAACUGGGAAGGGUGUAAUGCAAAAUGGUAAAAUCCAUGAUUUACAUUCUGGCUGACAAUAUUGCAUAAAAAGAUGACCUGCUGAACCAGGUUCUGGAUUUUACAAAAGAAUGGACAAUCCACAUAGAUGUUUUUCACUUUGUUUUAUGAUCAUACCAUUUUGAUUUCUUUAUUGAGAACAGAAAAUGGACUAAUGCAUUGUAUUUCAACUAUUCAUAUGUGUAUGCAAAAUAUGCAUACAACACAUCUGAAUUUCUUUAAUGUUCUGUGUUUAAUGUGAGCUCAAGGGGUUGGGGUAACUUAAUAUGAGGGUGGGAUAUUGCUUCAUGCAAAAGAAGUAUGAACUGUGGGAAAAAAAGACGAAACCAGUGUGUGGUUGUCACAAAUUUUUAAGUCACAUGUUUGCUACUGAUCUUAUGGUGGGAACAGAUGAUAAUGUACCUUUUUAUCCAGCUCUUCUGAACUCUCUUUAGCAGGUAGUCUAUUCACAAAAGUAGUCUUGCUCCUUCUUGUCUGAUUCUUAAAUAUGGAAAUAAGUAUUUUGAUUCAUUUUGUAAAUACAGCUGUAAAGAAAAAUAAGAAAUGUAAUGUUGUCUUUUAAAUACUUUCCAUUCUAAUAUGAAUGUUGUUAUAUUGUACUUAGAAACUGUACCUUUAAUAUUACCUUUAUUAAAAGUGCAUUGGACACAUCGAUUUUAGAUGUGCUUUAUGUGCUGUUAUCCCAUAAUAAAAUUUACCGCUUGUAAUGGGCUGUUAAUUUCUGUC